CUUGAUGCCUGUAUGUAAACAGUAUGUUAAUAUAUUUUUAAUUUAUUCUCAGAAGAAUAAAUAUAACCCCUUCUUGUGGCAACAAUCGUGGCAAUACGCCAAGUCUGUCUGUUCAAAGAAAAAUAUUAUUGAAGGUUGUAACAGACAAUCAAUAUCAACUCUAUCAAAGAUACCUGAACAUUAUGGAGUAAGGAAAAAAAUAUGUUUUUUGAACAUUCAAAGAGCAUCAUCGACACAGAAGAAGCCCGCAAAACGAAAAUUGUCUCUUUGGAAAUAUGUAUUUGGUCCUAAGAAAUCCUCAAAGAAUCCUCGUGCUCAGCUGACCAAUUAUCAAGAACAACCGAAUUCCAAGAAUUUGCGUUAUCAAAUGGCAUCUAAGAAUGUAAUCGAUCCGAUUAAAUCGAAAAAUACAAGAUUUACAGAACUACACCCUAAGUCAUCACCCUCGUAUAAAUUGCCCACAGCUGUUUUGUUGAACAAGGCGAUGGUAGAAGGUUUCCCUAAGGACAAUAAAACUUGCGAGGGUAAGAUAGUUACACCUACAACACCUAGAAAAUUAUACGAAGAAAUGAAGCCGCAUGCAAACAAUUUAAAUACCAAGAAGAUCACCAAUCAGCAUCAAAAAAACAUUAAAUCAGAGAAUACUAAAUCAUAUCCUCCGACCUAUGAGAAAUCUCAAAUAUCGAAGGUACCAAUAUCAGACUCGAAGGAAGCUCGCGAUAUUACAGCGAAGAUAUUGCAUCAGGCGAUGGCACAGGAAAAGCCGCGAAUGCAUUCGAGAAUUAAGCAACUCAAAAUUUUAAUAAAAGAGAUGUCCAAGUGAUGUCCCAA